AUGCCCAUGUCCGCUACGCUUGAGAAGCUCCUCACUCCCCCCGCGCUCCCCGUCAAGGGCUCGCAGCUCUCGGAGGAGGACAAGGCCGCCAUCGCUAAGGUCGCCGCCCACUUCAACGCCGAGGACUACACUGCUCCCGAUGGCGAGGACAAGACCACUCGCUCUCCCCUGAUUCUCCGCGAGUACAUGUUCUUCACCCAGGGCCGCAUCAACGGAUACUACCAGGUGCACGGCACCGUCGAGAAGACGAUCGAGGCGAUCGAGAAGACCAUCGCCUGGCGCCGUGACCGCAACAUGUACGACAUUGACGCCUUCGCCAAGGAGGUCGAGGACGAGUGCCGCAACGGCUUCGCUCACUUCACCGGCUUCGACCCCGAGGGCCGCCCGAUCAUCUACUUCUUCCCGAACAAGGACAUCACCCCUGGUGCUGAGCGCCGCCCGCUCCCGAACGCGUUCAUGAUGGACCGCGCCGGUGACUUCUGCGUCGGCGACGUUGGCCAGGUCGUCAUCAUCCAGAACUUCGGCGGCAAGCGCCAGGGUGACCUCCCCUCGAUUGGUGCCGCGACCGAGCAGCUGUCCAACCUCGAGACCCACGCCCCGGAGGUGCUCUACAAGCUGCACUUCCAGCAGAUUGGCUGGAUGCUGCGCGGCUUCUUCGCCCUCCUCAACCCCGUCAUGCCUGCGCGCACGGCCGCCAAGAUCCUCAAGCAGGACACGGCCCAGAGCAUCAAGGAUGGCUACUUCACCGGCGACGAGCUCAUCAAGGAGAUCGGCGGAAACGUCGACUGGAGCUACAAGCACGACGAGUACUUCUGGCCCAUGGUCGAGGCGUCCAAGAAGAUCCGCGCCGACCAGGAGAAGCGCUUCGAGGCCCUCGGCAAGCCCGCCAUGGGCGUCGACGAGCGCCUCUUCCGCGUCGCCCCCGGUUCCGCCUAG